UUAUUAUUAUAAUUGUAGCUUAUAUUUUUGUAAUUAUGAUUUCGAUUUUAUUUUAAUUUUACAAUUACUAUAAAUACUUAACACAUAAUCAAUUGUCCCAUUGGACGCUCUACACAUCCGAAUCUCUCUCUGCGAAUUCGACAAACCUUUUAUUUUCCCUGAGAAAAUCCUCGAAUUUUCCCGAGAAAGUUGGUUGUCUAAUUUUUCUCGCGGUCGAUUCGGGGAGUGGGUGCGGGGGGUUUUGUUCGAAUUUUUUCUUUUUGUUUUUCGGAGUCUUUGCGAUUCGCCGGGAAAUCGAGUUGUCGGGGCUUGGGUUUUGUUCGCCGUUUUCUGUUCCAUUGCGGGAAUUUAGGGUUUCGCGGAAAAAGUUAGGGCUUAUUGUUGGGAUUUAGGGGUGUUUGGGGAUCGGGAAUUGGAGGACAAAGGGGCGGAGUAGGUGAAUUUUGAGGUGGUUUUGGGAUUUGUUGCUGCGUGGGAGGUGGAAUUUAGGGUUUUGGGUUGGAAAUUGAAUGUGGCUUUGGUGGGUUUGAUGUGUGGAAGAUGAUCAUAAAGCGGACGAUGAAAAUUGAGAUGCCGCAAAUAAAGCGGUGCAAACUCGAACAGCCUGGUGACGACGUUGCUUCUCUGAUAAAACCCAAGAAGCGAAGAAUAGAUGGGAACGGUCCAGCUGACACGCCUGGCAACGUUGAGGAGGAUAGCAUUGUUGCAGGUUCUUUGUGCACCGAGAUUUCGUACUGUGCCAGCGAAGUGGAGUCGAAUUCGAAGGGCAAGAGGAAAGGAAGGAAUCCAAAAGCGGGCGGUUCUCGUCCUCCAUUAUUGCCGUCUUCGCGAGGUCGUCAUCGGGCACUUCCUUCGCGAUUCAAUGACUCGAUAAUUGAUUCAUGGACGAAGGAGGAUUCAAAGGCUGAUGACAUGGAAUCAAAUCUGGAUGAUUUCGAAGUUGUAGUAUAUGAAAAGGAGAGAAUUGGUACCGGAAGGCAGAAAACUGGCGCAUUGAGAUUAGAGAAACAGCACAAGGAGGAGACAUUUAGGUUGCCAAGUUCAAAUCUCUAUGGACUUUGCGAAAAAGCCGAGGAAGGAGAAGCGGGUUAUGUAGGGUUUAGAGAAUCCGAGAGCAAAAAAUAUUCUUGUUCACAUAGUUCAUUAUCCUCAUUACAUGAUGGCCUUAAUCCACUUGUAGAAGCUAGUGAUUACCCGGGGUUUAACUCCAAAGGUAGGGAGAAAGCAGGGAAGGAUAAAACCGAAAAGCGGAAGGAUUUCUAUAGGCCGGAGGAAUUUGUGUUGGGAGAUAUAGUGUGGGCGAAAUCAGGCAAGAGAUAUCCAGCUUGGCCUGCAAUUGUGAUUGACCCUGUGUUUGAAGCACCAGAAGCGGUGUUGAGUUCUUGUGUUGCUGAUGCAAUUUGUGUCAUGUUCUUUGGAUAUUCCAAAAAUGGAAAACAAAGGGAUUAUGCUUGGGUCAAACACGGGAUGAUAUUUCCAUUUCUAGAAUAUCUGGACAGAUUUCAAGGGCAGACCCAGUUGCACAAGAGCAAGCCGAGUGAUUUUCGGGAGGCAAUUGAGGAGGCAUUUCUAGCUGAGAACGGUUUUUUUGACAUAAACAAUGGGAGUGGACAAUUAUCUCGUACGGAAGAGAAUCCCGUUGGGGUUGAAGAAGCCACUGGUUCAAACCAGGAUCAGGAAUCCCACUCUCAGAACCAGGUGAUUGUUUCUUGCCAGCAUUCUCGAAUGGCGGUUCAGAAAACAGAUGGUGUAUUCAAUAAUGGGGAGGCACAACCCUGUGAUGGUUGUGGCUGUGUUCUACCAUGCAAAAGUUCAAAAAAAAUGAACAAUUCAACUGGUGAAACCCAGCUUUUAUGUAAACAUUGUGCUAAGUUGCGAAAAUCAAAACAAUUCUGUGGUGUAUGCAAGAAGACAUGGCAUCACUCGGAUGGAGGCAAUUGGGUAUGUUGUGAUGGUUGUAAUGUCUGGGUGCAUGCUGAAUGUGAGAAAAUUUCUACCAAACGUUUGAAGGAUCUGGAGGACAUUGAUUAUUACUGUCCUGACUGCAAAGCUAAAUUCAAUUUUGAAUUAUCAGAUUCAGAUAAAUGGCAGCCCAAAGUCAACAGGUGUGUAGAAAAUGAUGGACCUCCUGUGCUGCCUGACAAGUUAGCUGUUGUGUGCACAGGAAUGGAAGGAAUAUAUCUUCCAAAUCUUCAUGUGGUUGUUUGCAAGUGUGGUUCAUGUGGCACAAGGAAGCAAACACUUAGUGAAUGGGAAAGGCAUACGGGUUCUAGAGCUAAAAAAUGGAAGGCGAGCGUUAAAGUAAAGGAUUCUUUAAUACCACUGGAAAAAUGGCUUGCAGAGUAUACUACACAUGGUAUCAAUCCUCUGAAGUUACAAAAACAGCAGUUAUUUUCCUUUUUGAAAGAGAAGUAUGAACCUGUUCACGCAAAGUGGACAACAGAAAGAUGUGCUAUUUGUAGAUGGGUUGAGGAUUGGGACUAUAACAAGAUGAUCAUCUGCAACAGGUGUCAAAUAGCUGUCCACCAAGAAUGCUAUGGGGCAAGAAAUGUUAAAGAUUUUACUUCAUGGGUUUGCAGAGCAUGUGAAACACCUGAUGCUAAAAGAGAGUGCUGUCUUUGUCCUGUAAAAGGGGGUGCUCUAAAGCCUACUGAUGUUGAAGGACUGUGGGUUCAUGUCACGUGUGCUUGGUUUCGGCCUGAAGUUGCUUUCUUGAAUGAUGAGAAAAUGGAGCCUGCUGUUGGAAUUCUUAGAAUUCCAUCUACUUCAUUUUUGAAGGUUUGUGUAAUUUGUAAGCAGACUCAUGGAUCCUGCACACAAUGUUGCAAGUGUGCCACUUAUUUUCAUGCAAUGUGUGCAUCAAGAGCAGGAUACAGCAUGGAAUUGCAUUGUGGGGAGAAGAAUGGAAGACAAAUUACGAAAAAGUUAUCAUAUUGUGCUGUUCACAGGGCUCCAAACGCAGAUACGGUUUUAGUUGUACGUACUCCUUCAGGGGUGUUCUCUGCCCGAAAUCGACAAAACCAGAAACGUGAUCAGAGCUUCAGGGGGUCAAGGCUUGUUUCAUCCAGAAGACCGGAACUUCCUGUAUCCUCGGCAUUAGAGACUAAUGAGUUGGAGCCACUGUCUGCUGGAAGAUGCCGGGUCUUCAAAAGAUCAAUCAAUAAUGUGGGUGCAGGGGCAAUAUUCCACCGACUGAUGGGGCCAAGGCAUCAUUCUUUGGAUGCAAUAGAUGGCUUGAGCUUGUACAAAGAAUUAGAAGAUCCGCAAACAUUUUCUUCAUUCAAGGAACGCCUUUACCACUUGCAGAGAACUGAAAAUCACCGGGUUUGUUUUGGCAAAUCUGGAAUACAUGGAUGGGGCCUCUUUGCACGUCGGAGCAUUCAAGAAGGAGAAAUGGUUAUUGAGUAUCGUGGUGAGCAGGUGAGGCGCAGUGUUGCAGAUCUUAGGGAGGCAAGGUAUCGAUUAGAAGGCAAAGAUUGUUAUCUGUUUAAGAUCAGUGAGGAAGUAGUGAUUGAUGCUACAAACAAGGGGAAUAUUGCACGCCUAAUCAACCAUUCUUGCUCCCCCAACUGUUAUGCAAGGAUCAUGAGCGUGGGUGAUGAAGAGAGCCGGAUAGUCCUAAUUGCAAAGAUCAAUGUCUCAGCAGGGGAUGAGCUUACGUACGAUUACUUGUUUGAUCCAGAUGAACGUGACGAAUCCAAAGUCCCCUGCCUAUGUGGAGCUCCAAACUGCAGGAAAUUCAUGAAUUAGGUGAUUAUACUAAUACUAUCAUGGAAGCCCAGUUUCUUUUUUAGCAGAAAGGGGUACUGAUCCAUCUCCCAACCCAGUGAGAGAAUGGGUCACACAGUUAUUUUCUUUUUUAGUGUUCAAGCAUAUUGAGCUUGAAAUUUUCUUUUUUAAUUGGAUUCUUCAUACCUCAAUUUAUCCUGUAAUCUUUUUCAGCUGCAAUAAAAUGUAAAUUCUCCAGCAGAUUGGCAGGUGCCAUUUUUAUGAAUUUGCUGCAUUUCAUCCA